GGCUCCAAGCCUCCAAUCAAAUUAAAGGUGACUUUAUUAUCUAAUCCAAAAACUUUAAUUACUUCAACUUAUUAUUUCUAAGCAAAUAAAGUUUAUUUCCUAAUUAUGAUAUUUUAUUUUUAUAGAUCAUAAAUAAUACAAGAAGAUGGCUGAUGGAGAACAUGAUAUUAAUCAAUCACCCCUUAUUAUUGAUAAUGGCACUCGCAUGAUGAAGGUUGGCUUUGCUGGAGAUGAUGCACCGAAGACAGCUUUCCCUACCACAAUCGGACGUCCACGUCAUCCAAUUGUGACGGGGCUAAAGGAUGUUUACGUCGGAGAUGAUGCUAUGUAUGAAAUGGAUGUUCUUACACUGACACAUCCAAUUGAACGCGGUGUCGUAAAUAAUUGGGAUGACAUGGAAAAGAUUUGGCAUCACGUAUUUUACAACGAGCUCCGUGUCGCCCCCGAAGAACACUCUGUUUUGCUCACCGAAAUUCCGCUCAACUUCAAAGCAAACAGAGAGAAAAUGACCGAAAUCAUGUUCGAGACAUUCAACGUGCCCGCCAUGUACGUCGCUAUUCAAGCCUUCCUUUCACUCAUUGCUACUGGUUGGACAACCGGUAUAGUGCUCGAUUCCGGUGAUGGAGUGACCAAUGUUGUUCCGGUUUACGAGGGCCAGACGCUUACGGAAGCUAUAGUGCCGUUGGAUUUCGCUGGUCGUGAUAUCACUAAUUAUCUCGUAAAGUUUUUGGCUGAUGAGAGAGGUUACGUGUUCACCACAAAUGUGCAUCGCGAAAUUGUGCAUGACAUAAAGGAGAAAAUUGCUUACGUGGCGUUGGAUUUCGAGGAAGAAUCGGAGACUGCAAAUAAUAUUCCAUCUUCCGUGGACAAGAGUUAUGAGUUGCCUGACGGACAAGUAAUUACGGUAGGCUCCGAGAGGUUCCGUUGUGCGGAAGUUCUGUUUAAGCCUUCGUUGAUCGGAGUGGAAGCUUCCGGAAUUCACGAGGCGGUUUAUGAAUCGAUUAUGAAAUGCGAUGUGGAUAAACGGAAGGAUCUUUACGGAACCAUUGUGCUGAGUGGUGGGUCCACUAUGUUUAGCGGUUUUGAAGAUCGUUUGAGAAAGGAAAUUACGGGCCUUGCCCCGGGAGGAACGACGAUUGAGGUCGUUGCACCACCUGAGAGGAAGUACACUGUUUGGAUUGGUGGCUCAGUUCUUGCAUCAAUUGAUAUUUUCCAAAAGAUGUGGAUCACAAAGGGAGAGUAUGAGGAAUCUGGUUAUGAAAUUGUUCACAGGAAGUGUUCCACUAAUGUAUUUGCCUGAAUUAUAUGUAUGUUUCUUUCUAAUUAAUUUGGUAUUGUUUUUUUUUUUUUUUUUUUUAAGUUGUGAACUGAAUUUGUGUGGUGAGAAGAAAUAAAAUAAAUUAAUUAUUUGUUUCCGAAAUUAAUUAUUGAUUUGGGAAAA